AUGUCCCGGAAUAAAAUAUAUCAAAAUCUAGCCACUCAUGCAAACAGUCUCGAGGCUCCAACAAUAAUUGAACAUCCACGAGAUAGUAUUGUGCCAAGAAACAAUCCAUUUACAUUAAAUUGCAAAGCAGAAGGUUCACCCGAGCCAAAGAUCGAUUGGUAUAAAGAUGGUGAGCCGUUGACAAUCGAGCCAGGUCAUCAAAUGCUUCUGCCAUCGGGUAAUCUAUUCUUUCUAUCAGUCGUACAUUCACGUCGUGAUAGCGAUGCCGGUGUUUAUUGGUGCGAAGCAAAGAACGAAUUGGGUGUAGCAAGAAGUCAAAAUGCAACUUUGAAAGUUGCAACAUUGCGAGAUGAUUUCCGCCUCGAGCCUCAAAAUACUCGAGUGGCUCAUGGAGAAACAGCGAUGUUAGAAUGUGGAGCCCCUAAGGGAUCACCCGAGCCAAUUAUUUCAUGGCGAAAGAAUGGCCAGACGAUGGACUUAACAAGUUCAAAAAGGAUUCGCAUUGUUGAUGGUGGAAAUUUAGUCAUUCAGAAUGCUCAACAGUCUGACGAUGGACGUUAUCAGUGUGUGGCCAAAAAUAUCGUCGGUGAAAGAGACUCGUCUGUUGCUUAUUUGAAAGUUCAUGUGAAACCAUUUUUGAUUCGUGGCCCUCAAAAUCAAACAGCAGUUACUGGCAGUUCCGUUGUGUUCCAAUGUCGCGUGGGUGGCGAACCGUUGCCUGAUGUGCUAUGGAGGCGGACAGCAUCAGGUGGAAAUAUGCCUUUAGGUCGUGUUCAUAUUCUGGAAGAUCGAAGCUUGAAAAUUGACAACAUAACAAUGGAUGACAUUGGCGAGUACAGUUGUGAAGCUGAUAAUGCUGUUGGGACAAUUGUGGCAUCUGGAACACUUCUUGUUCAUUGUAAGUGUCGCUUGCAUAAUUCAUUCGUUCAAUUUCAUAAUUCUAAAAAAUUUCCAACAGCUCCACCGACUUUCGUCAUUCGACCGAAAUCACAAAUUGCUGAGCUCGGAUCUGAAGUGAUUUUCGAGUGUCAAGCAAAUGGUUAUCCAGAACCAACAUUGUUUUGGACAAUUGAAGGCAAUCGAUCUCUGAUUUUGCCAGGAACGAGAAUGAAGAACGUUGAAGCAUCAUCAACAGCUGAUGGCGGAAGUAUUUUAUCAAUUGAUGAGAUUGACAGAGCUGACAAUGGAAAAGUUGUCGUUUGUAGUGCUGUGAACAGUGUUGGCAGUGUCAGUACUCGUGUCGUGCUUUCUGUUAAUCUCCAAGAUGAUUCACCACCCCCACUAAUCAUUCAAGGGCCGAUGAAUCAAACUUUGCCAAUCAAAUCUGUCGCUUCUUUGCCAUGCAAGGUUUCUGGCAAUCCACAACCAAUCGUGAGUUGGUACAAAGAUGGAAUUCCAGUGACAACAUCAGAGAAAAUCUCCAUCGACACAAACGGUCUCUUGACAAUCAAAGAUUUGAACAAAAAUGAUGACAGCGGUUUGUACACUUGUGUCGUAAGCAGUAAAAGUGGAAAAUCUACUUGGAGUGGUUUCUUGAAGUUGGAGAAUCCAACAAACCCAAAUAUCAAAUUUUAUCGGGCGCCAGAGUCAACAACAUUCCCUGGAACACCAGGAAGGCCGAUAAUUAUCGACAAAACUGAGAACAGCGUCACUCUUCAAUGGAUCAAAAGCAAUGCGAUGGGUUCAUCGAGUUUAAUUGGCUACACCAUUGAAAUGUUUGGUCGGAACUCAACAGAAGGCUGGGUUCAAGUUGCCAAUCGAGUGAAAGACACGACUUAUGAAAUUAUCGGAUUGUCUUACGGUGUUCCUUAUUACUUUGCUGUACGUGCUGAAAAUUCUCAUGGCGUGUCGGGACCAAGUCAAUUAUCCGAACCCGUAACAAUAGGCGUGGAUGAUUCUGGUUCAAGUUUGGAUUUGAGUGAAGCACGAGCGAGUUUGUUAUCAGGCGAUGUCAUCGAAUUAACGAAUGCUACAUCGUUUGACUCGACAAGUACAAAGUUGUCAUGGGAUAUCAUAAAUGGAAGAUACGUGGAAGGAUUUUAUAUUUACGCUCGAAAUAUUGAUGAAAACGAACAACCAUCAUAUAAAAUGCUGACAGUUCUUAAUGCUGGCAGUGGAGCUUCAUCAUGCAAAAUUAGCGGAUUAGAAAAAUUCACCACGUAUGAAUUUUUCGUUGUGCCUUUCUACAAAGUGGUUGAAGGGAAACCAUCAAACUCAAGAAUCGCUCGAACACUCGAAGAUGUUCCAACUGAAGCUCCAUUCAGCAUGGAAGCGAAAUUAUUGAACACUUCGACGGUCUACGUUAAAUGGAAGGCUCCAGCUGUCAAACAUCACAAUGGAAUCUUAAAGUCAUACAACGUGAUUGUGCGUGGCGUGAAUAUUUAUGAGAACGUUUCGAAAGUGCUAACGAACAUUACGAUUGACUCGACGAGUUCAUCAAUUAUGUUGGCGAAUUUAACCGAGGGUGUUACUUAUACUGUGAGUGUUGCUGCUGUUAAUCGAAUUGGAUUUGGACCCUACAGUCAACCAGCGAUUCUGAGACUCGAUCCUGUUACAAAGAAGCUUGACACUUCGUUCACGUAUCGCUUCCCACUUAACAAUGAACACAUGGACGACUUCUUAACUCAACCAUGGUUCAUCAUUCUCCUGGGCACAAUUCUCGUCAUUAUCAUGCUUUCGUUUGGUGUCAUGGUGUACAUAAAACGAAAGCAUAUCAUGACGAAACAAUCAGUUCUUGGAUUGCCUUCAUUAACAACGGUCAAAGUUCCACCAGUCAACAAUUAUUGGAUGGAUCCAGCGGGAACGGUUUGGAAAUCAAAUCCACGACUUAAAGACAUUCCCGACUACGCCCCUGUUUGCACUGUUAUGCCACCAACAUCAACAAUCAUCGAUGAUGAUGCUCGUAAUCGAUACAUGGCUGUUUACUCAGAAGGUCCAGCAGAGUAUGCUGAAGUGACGGCAUGCCGAAGCGGACAAACAUCGCCAUCGCCAUAUGCAACUGCAACAUUGAUUGGGAACUCGAAAAUAAUUACCAGCGAUCCGAAUCGUUUCAACAUGUUCUACACUACCGAUGUUUAUCCUCCAAUGAAUUCAAAUGUUGUUGGCAUGGCAAAUCAGAACAACAACAUCAGCAAUUAUAACAGAAGUAUCCAUUCGGAAUCAUAUUGCAAUCCAAACAAUAACAAUAAUAAAGUGAACAUUGUGGAGAAUCGAAUGGCAAACACAAUGAUGCCAAAUAUGUUUAAUCAACAGCUUCAACAGCGGCAUAAUGACUCUACCAAAAUAGGAUCCAAUAAACGAAAUCGACUGAAACUUAUAAAACCACAAAAUUUCCGAAUUAACUUUGGUGGCAGUCAGGGUGAACAGCUUUAUGUGAAAGUAGGUGACAUGAGCGCAUCAGAUCAGGGUCAAAAUUUACCACAAAUCCAAAGCGGAUCGUACACGUGGAACCCACAGAAUUUCAACAUUUAUGAGAAUCAUCUGCAUCGACGUGAUCAGCCACAAAACUCUGUGCAACCGACGGUGACAGAGACUGAAAGUAAAACGCUCAACUGUGAUUAA